AUGCCUGGUACACCCAACGUCUUGGAACUCGUACAUAGGUCUUGCUCUGAGGUGACAGGGCUACAUGUAGAGCACGUACGGAUUGACGACAUAGCGGUUUCGGAGCUGGCGGCGGAACUAGUCGCAGCUGCGGAUGACGUGCGUGGUGCCGUACGAGGGCUACCGCUGCCCAUCAAGUUCAGCAGCGUUGAGCAGGAGCUAACUCUCCUGGCGUUGUACCACCUGCUGGAUUUUGGAUCCGGGUACGACAAGCAGCUGCAGCGGCUUCCCGGCGGUCGCGAUGCUCGUGAGACUUUGUUGUACGGCCUCAUCGGAUUGCACCUUGGAGGCACUCGACUGGACCACCACAAACUCAAGUCGUUCUCCAUGUACGACAUCCACCAGGUGUUUGGCAUCGAUGCGACGACGGAAGUGGCCGUCAUGCCGGGCGUCACCAUGUCCAAGCCGGGCCCCCUCCAGCCGCUGUGCAAGCUGAUGGUGGCCGUGCUCAAUGAGACGGGGAGUAUCCUGGCGGAUCAGGGGGUCAAGACUCCAGGGGAGCUGCUCAUAUCGGUGGCGGAGGGGCUCAAGAAGGCGGGCCGCACGACAGCCAGCGCUUUCGUAGAAGAGCUGGUCGACACGCUGCCCGCUUUCAGGGAUGUCGUACUGUACGAUGGCCGUACACUGACGCUGCACCGGAAGGCCCAGAACCUGGCUGCUGAUCUGGCCGUUGUGCACGGCAGUCGGGACGAGCGAUUUCUCUUUCCAGAUGUGGACCAGUUGACGGCGGACUCCGGUGGCACCACAAUCGCUGUCCUCAGAGCCAAGGGCGUACUGCGCCUAUCUGAGGAACUUACUGCGAUCUUGGACAGCGGCGCCGAGCUGCCGGCGGGGCCGCACGAGCGGGCGCUGCGCGCUGCGGCCGUCACGGCCUGUGACCGCCUUGUCACCGCGGCGGCGGCGGCGGUGCGGACAGUCCAACAUGAACGCGGGAGCAAUGCCGGCAAGGGGGACAGCGGCAGCGCGUGCUUGCGAGCGGUGGAUGUGGGGGCAUACCUAUCGUACCUAGCUGAGGAAGGCCGGGAGCUGCAUGGCAAGAUAACGAAGCAUGUAACCACGGGCAUUACAGCGUACUAG